UAUUGCACCGGCGCCAGGGAGAAGCCGAGACGCUGGCCCUCCCGGCUUCCUAGAGAGGCUGCCGAGGACCCGGGCGGCGGCGCGCGUGCGCGCCCCGGGCUGACGGAGAGACCGGCGCGGGGCAACAGGCCGUGGCGCGGUGGUGUGGUCUCAGGACGAGCUGGCGGGGGCCUGGGGAGUCGGUCAGUGUCCUUCCCAGGUGCCUGCCCUUUUCCAAGCUGGGAAGUCAGGAGAUCAGGCAGUGGCAACUAUGCUUCAGAUGGUCAGGCCCCAGCAGGUGAGACUAGGAUGUGGCAUUCAGAGUUGCCUGCAGAGCAGGAAGUUUCUAAAGGACCGGUGUCAUCUGAUGGGACAUCUGGAGGCCUCUGUGGAGUAGUUUCUGGGGAGCCAGAGGCAGGAGCUGCCUGUGAAGGUACUUUAGAAAAGCUGGAAGGGCAACCCUCAGAGGAAGAAGGGAGCAGAAUGGAAAAUGAGCUCUUCAAAAUAACACACGAGGAAGAAGAUAAGUCCACAAAGGAUGGAUGUGAUGACUAUAAUGAACUUGGGAAACAUCCGGAUCUGUCCUCUAGUGCUGUAGAAUGUCAAGGAGUUCUAAAGGGACAGAAAUUUUAUCAGUGUAAUGAAUGUGGUAAAGCUUUCAAUUGGAGUUCACACCUCAUUGGACAUCAGAGAAUCCAUACUGGAGAGAAACCCUACGAGUGUAAUGAAUGUGGUAAGACCUUCAGGCAGACCUCUCAACUCAUAGUUCAUCUCAGAACCCACACAGGGGAAAAGCCCUAUGAGUGCAAUGAGUGUGGAAAGACUUACCGACACAGCUCCCAUCUUAUUCAACACCAGAGACUCCAUAAUGGUGAGAAACCAUAUAAGUGUAAUGAGUGUGGAAAAGCUUUCAAUGAGAGUUCCAAACUUUUUGACCACCAGAGAACCCAUACUGGGGAGAAACCUUAUGAAUGCAAUGAGUGUGGGGCUGCCUUUAGUCGAAGUAAAAAUCUCAUCCGACAUCAGGUACUUCACACUGGUAAAAAACCUUACAAGUGUAGUGAGUGUGGGAAAGCUUUCUGUUCUAAUAGAAAUCUUGUUGAUCAUCAGAGGAUCCAUACUGGGGAGAAGCCUUAUGAGUGUAAUGAAUGUGGCAAGGCUUUCAGUCGGAGUAAAUGUCUUAUUCGACAUCAGGGCCUCCACACUGGACAAAAACCAUAUAAAUGUACUGAGUGUGGGAAAGCCUUCAGUCAGAUCUCUCAACUUGUUGACCAUGAGCGAAUUCAUACUGGAGAAAAACCUUUCGAAUGUAAUGAGUGUGGUAAGGCAUUCAGUCUCAGUAAAUGUCUUAUUCGACAUCAGAGACUUCACACAGGUGAAAAACCCUAUAAAUGUAACGAGUGUGGAAAAUCCUUCAAUCAGAACUCAUACCUCAUUAUACACCAGAGAAUUCACACUGGUGAGAAGCCUUAUGAAUGUAAUGAGUGUGGGAAAGUCUUCAGUCAUAAUUCUAGCCUUAUGGUUCAUCAGAGAACCCAUACAGGGGAGAAACCCUAUAAAUGUAGUGAUUGUGGGAAAGCUUUUAGUGACAGCUCACAGCUCACUGUGCACCAGAGAGUUCACACAGGAGAGAAGCCCUAUGAAUGUAUUGAGUGUGGGAAAGCCUUCAGUCAGCGUUCCACUUUUAAUCACCACCAGCGAACUCACACUGGAGAGAAGCAUUCAGCUCUGGCUCGCUCAGUUUGUUAAGAAAGAUUCCCCAAGACAGAGCAAGAUAUUUUGAGUUCAUUUUUCUUUGUAAGAAAGAUACCCUGAUCUCCUCUUGGAAUCACUAAUCAAUGAGGUCCAAUCCCUGCAUUCUUUCUGCUGGGUCAUGAAGGUGGAAGAGUCACGGGGCCAUCCUUCCCAACUAUGAGGGAAGUAAGGACUACACAUUUCUUGUACUUGUAGGUUCCCUCCCUACCUUUUUCCCUCCCUCCAUUCCUACCUUCUCUCUCUUUUUUGUUUAAAAAUGUAUCUCUGGUUUUAGUUAGGAAUCCCAUAAUCAAAUUGUGUGCUUUUCAAGGACAGUAACUAAAUGCUUCCUUUCUUUCUAGAUAAUUCAUUUGCAUAAAGUCAUUCUCCAGUGCUCUGAUUCUUUCCUAUCUUGGGUGUGGCCUUUUAAAAAAUUCUAUUACAGUCUAGAUCCUCAUCACUUGUAUUUCCUAUCUAGAAAACCUUUUCCUCUUCCCGUGUGCUAAUCUUUAUCUCUCAGACCCUUUAAGAUCCAGCUCAUCUCAGAAAGACUUUCUUCUUAAGAUGCUUUUUCCUUCCUCCUAAAUGUCUAUUGAUUUGACUUCAGUGCUUCAAAUUAGUCUGUGCUACAAUUUGCAAUUGUUAUUAAAUUGCAUUCAGAAUAAUUGUCAAGGCAUAGGUAUAGACUUUCAUACCAACUUAAUGUAGGCUCUUUGAGGUUAGGUAUUUAUUUUAUCAUAUAGAUAAUUUUCAGAUGCUAGUUUAAUAAUUUUUUAAAAUUCACCUUUCCAAUUCAACCAUUCUUAAACUGGCAUGUACUUCCCUUCUACCACUGGAUCUAAGACUUUUAAAGAUGGAUAUCAUAGGAUACCACAGACAAAGGUGUCAUUCAUAUCUUCUGCAUAUACCUCUGGGAGUUUUAGUGCUGUUGCCUCAGCCUCAAAGAACUAACAAUUUAUGCUUGAGCAUGCCUCUAUGCGUGCAUAUCUGUGUGUGUUUGUCUAGGUUUUGGAGUCAGCAGUUAUCCCACUGACAUGUACUUUUCCCUGCUUUCUGUGAUUUGUACUCAGAGUGACUCUGAUUUCCUUACUGUGUAGUUCAGUCUGCCUGUAACUGCCAUCUAAUGUCAAGGUGAGAGGAGUACAUUUAAUUAUUGUAAUAAUUUUCUGGGCCAUCAGGAGGUCUUUUCAGAGUCCUAUAGUCAUAUGAGACAUUAGCUUGGACACCUAUCCCUUCCACCAAUGCAGGAGUGCCCCAGUGCUGGGGAGCUUUGCCUCUGGUGUCUUCCCCGUUUCUUUUAGCAGGACAGUAGGAUUGACAGUGUGGCAGAGGAGGAGGUUAGAUGGGCAAUGUCAGAUUAUGUAACCUGGAGAGGAGAGAUUAUUGUGAGCUCUGAUUUAUAUCUGAGACAAUGGAGAAGAAAAGGAAGAGAAUUGAGGCUAAAGAAAAUAAGAAUUAGAUGUGAUUUGGGGGGAGGCAUCUCAGAAAAGAUUAGGAAGAAUGUUAUUGGGGAGAUCUGUAAAAACUACUGAAUGAAGUAUAUAGCUAGAAAUUAGCCAUUUAGAAAUAAGUGUUUUAAAUUAAAUUUCUGUUUUCAGAUGUAUUUUUGCUGUUUGUUUCCAUUUUCCUUUACAAGAUCUGCAGAUAGGACUUUCUUAAAAGUUUUUUAUCUUGGGAGUAUCCAGAUUCUGAGAAGGAGCCCAUAUUAGCACAUCCCUAUUCCUCCACUGUGACUUGCACAUUGCUAGUCAUGUCUUCAGUAGAACCCUCUGCCUAUUGUGGUAACACUACCUUCUGUUUGUUGUUUGCUCAUCCUCUUACCACUCUUGAGUCUGGAUGGGGAGAGCCAGCACUAUUCAUAAGCAUAUUACCCCCCACCACCAGUCUGGUGUACAUGUUCAGCAGGAAUGAAUGUCCUUACUUCCUUGAAAAGUACUCCGGCUCUUGGAGGAAAAUGGGCUAUAUAUGAAAGCCACCUCAAUUUCUAUUGGUUAUUGCUAGUAUUUUUUAAAAGUAUUGAAUUUUAAAAAUUUUAUCUGGAUCCGGUUGCCAUGCUAAAUUAUUUUUAGUUGUAAUGUUUUUUAGUUUCAUUUCCUAGUUUUUCUAAGUAUACAAUAAAUAAGGGUUAAUAUUCUUUUCAUUUCCAAUCUGUGUGUCACUUAAGUUGUGUGUUAGCAAAACUAUCUAAAAAAAAUUCUUUUUGGAUAGUGAACAAAUUUUUUUGCAUUCUAAAAAUCAAGUCUAUUAAGUCAUGAAAUAUGUGUAACAACGGCAUCUAUUUAAAGUAUAUGGUUGAAUGAGUUUUGAUAGAUAACUCCAUUCAGAAAACCAUCUCCACAAUCAAAAUACAGAACGUUUCAUCAUCCCUAAAAGAGUCCUCUUGUAGCAGAUUCCUGCUCUGGCCCCAGUCCCAGGCAACUACUGAUCUACUUUUUGUCACUGUAGAUCUGUUUGCAUUUUCUAGAAUUUUAUAAAAAUGGGUAUAUAUCUCUCUCAUAAAUGAAAGCUGGGGAAUGUCUCUGGCAUGUGCUAGGGUUCCCCACCUGGGCUCCUUUGUGAAGGCCUGAGGAAGCGGGUAUGACUGGAGCCACUAGGAGAUUGUAGGCUGCUGGAAUCCUUGAGAAGAGUUUGUUAAGAAGGAUCUGGACAGUACUGUCUCCUUAAGGUAGAAAGAAUUAGGAAGUAAAUCUGGAAAGACAGGGAUAUCAAGUAAUGAUAACUGAGUCAUAUUUAUCUGUCUGCAUAAUUUCUGAAACAUAAAGAGGCAAAGUUUAAACUAGGCAAUCAGUCACACAGGAACCAGGGAGCUUGGGAAGGUGGCAGAGUAAGAGGACCCUGAACUCACCACAUUUUCAACUAGAUACUAUUCAUAUCCAAGUCAAUAAACUAGAGUGAACUGAAGGUUAAUGGAACAAACUCCACAACUAAAUAUAGAGAAGAAGCUGCAUCUGAAAGAAUGGUCAGAAAGGUGGAGGGAGACUACCUGCAGGAGGGAGGGAACUGUACAAACAAAGAGGGCAGAGAAAUGGGCCCUUGUGCCAGGGAACUCACAUGGGAAAGACAAACCCAUAGCAUUUGGCUUUAAAAACCAGAAGGGCUGAAUAAUGUGUUCAUAAAACCAGUGAAACUUGAAAUGAGGGGCUUUGGAGGUAAGCUGAUUAAACAUGGGGCAAACUGGGAGGUUAAGUGAUAGCUAGGUUGUUGCCCUUAAAGAGACAGCAGCUUGUGCAGAGAGGAACAUAAAAGCAGUUUACACAAAACAGUGGCAAAUAGAAGAUCUGUUCAUACGACUUCAGAGUGUUUGGGGAACUAUGAAAAUAACCUGGCAGGUGUCAUUUUCCUCCACUACCCCCAGUAUAAACACAGGGACACCUGGGGGAGAUAGGAUGGCAUAGACACUUGCUACUUAACCUGAUAGCAGGGCACUAUGCCCAAGUUCUCCUAAGGGCUCACCUACUCCAAGCCUGCUAGGCUUGGUCAUGGACUCGGCAAAUUUUCUUAAAGCCAUGUGGGCAUCCAGCUGUAUGCCUCCAAGUCAUCCUCGUGUAUUUCACCCAGCUGCAUUCCCCCAGCUACAAUCAUAUGCUGUGCUUGUGUGACUGUUUUUGUGCCCCCAGAUGCCAUUCCACACCACACCCAGUUGCAUACCCCAGCUGUAAUUGUGUGUCCCUAGUUGCAGUUGCACACCCUGCACAGCCACCAGAUACACAGCUUCUGCCUAGCCCAACCACUGCAUCGGGGGCAACCACCACAGCACAGCCAGCUGUACAUCCCUAGCCAUAGCAGCACUUCAGGGGAUCCUGCAAAAGACUAGUGACGCACUGCGAAUUUUGCUAACACCAUUGCCUCACCCCCUGAACCCGCCAGAUUUCCCUGGCGGGCAUAGACCUCACUCCCAACCAGAGCUGGCCUGCCUAUGUUCCACUAAUACCACAAAGAGCAGGCACAGCCCACAGCAGGCAGAAUCGGUGCACAUGAAUGCACUGAAAGGAAAAGAGACAGACACAACAGCAGGAUGUAAGCAAUACAUAUAGAAUACUCUGCUGAAGUGCCAGGUUCUGGUGAAUAGGGGACACUGCACUACGGGAUACUCCAGGAACGCUUCUUCAUAAAGUUACUACUUUGAAGAGCAGAAGGCUUUUCUAUCCUGCUGUUCAUUGCAGCAAGUGUGUUUCUCAUUGCAUUUAUUGUGCUUUUCAUCUUGACUUUCUUAACACAGAGAAACAGACAAAAUGAGGAGAGAGGGAAAUUUAUCCCAAAGGAAUGACUAAGAUAAGGCCACAACCAGAGAGCUAGGCAAAACAGUUAUAAGUAACAUGCCUAAUAGAGAAUUUAAAGCAAUGAUCAUAAGGAUGAAAUGAAAUGAGAAACACACUUGAUAGAAUGAACAGCAGGAUAGAAGAAUCAGAGGAACAAAUUAAUGACCUGGAAGACAGAGUAAUGGAAAAUAGUCAAGUUGAACAAAAGAAAGAAUUACGCAAAACAAGAAUGGACUUAGGGAACUCAGUGAUUCCAUGAAACAUAAUAUUUGUACUAUAGGAGACCCAGAAGAAAUAAGAGAUAGGGGGCAGAAAAUUGACUUGAAGUAAUAGCUGAAAAAUUUCCUAGUCUGUGGAAGGAGGCACAGAGAACCCCUGAAAGAAUUAACAGAAGCAGACCAACACCGAGACAUAUUUAAUUAACUUUGCAAAAUAUAGUGAUAAAAAAUGUUAAAAGUAGCAAGAUGAAGGAAGUCAUAGCUGACAAGGGAGAACUCAUAAGGCUAGCAAGAGAUUUUUCAACAGAAACUUCCAAGGCAGAAGAGAAUGGCAUGAUAUAUUCAAAGUGCCUAGUGAGAAAAAUCUGCAACCAAGAUACUCUAUCCAGCAAGGUUAUCAUUCAGAGUAGAAGGAAAGAUAAAGAGUUUCCCAGACAAACAAACACUGAAGGUGUUCAUGACCACUAAACCACCUCUGCAAGAAUUAGUAAAAGGGACUCUUUGGAAAGGAGAGACCAGGGGGAGGGUUAAGAUGGCAGAGGUGGAGGGCAACCCUAACUUACCUCCUCCCUUGAACACAGCUAGAUAAAUAUCAAAUCAUUCUGGACACGCAGGAAAUUGAUCUGUGGACUGAGAGAACAAAUCUGCACCUCUACAAGCAGAAAAAAAGACCACCUUGUGGAAGGUAUAAACUGCAGAGAGUUGAUUUGGGAGAGAAAAGAGCCACAGCCAUUGUGGAGGGGAGGGAAACCUGACCACAGAGAGAGGAGUGAGAGAGAGAGAGUGAAAACAGGGGCAGAGGAUUUCACAAGAAAAACUAUUUCCCAAAACCACUAACUGAGAAAAAGGAGAGGAUUUAAAUAAUCCAAAUAAAAUAACCAAACUAAAAAUAAAUUACCACAAGUUUUUUAUAAACAGCAGAACACACUCUGAAUUUUCGAGGGUCAGUGCCAUCACCAGGUUCACGCUGGGCGAGCUGAGUGGUGCUCUGGCGGGAAAGGAGAGUGGAAACCCAAAGGGGGCAGCAUUCUGAGGAUCCCCUCAACUGCAUGGAGAUAAAUAGUUCCCCUCCUUAGAGUGCACUUGGUAGAGGUGAUAUGGUCUCUGUAGUGGUAAAAGACGUGGCAAGUGCCAUUGAGCUGCCCCAUUCACCAGCAUAGGAACAAAUAUGCAGAUUGAGGGUGGCAAACCUUGGCACCAGCUUUGUGCUGUGAUUUACCAUAAACUCUGAACUGCUGUGCAGUUAUGUGACCAUUUCCUGGGACAAGCCGGCACCAGCCACAGAGCAGCAAAACCCACCCCUAAAGUAUCAGUGUGGAUCCACACUAUGGGGGGGCGGGGCAGUCUCUGAAGUUUGGAGUUUUGAAACCCAGCCACACCUGAGAUAAAACAGAAGUGCUGCACCACCUGGCAGGUAGAGCUCAGACACAGGGUGAAGGUGGGGAUCUGAUGAAAGCCAGGGAGUGAUUGCUCAUCUCAGAGAGCUUAACUGAGGAGUGGGGGACACAAGCUCCGCCCUCUGGAGAAUGGGAGGGGAGUUGUUUUCACUGACCAGCACUGACCAACCUCAGUGAGGAAAAGAGCACCACCAAGUGGAUGCCAGAGCUGCUUACACCAAGUCCCGCUGCCUGUGCCCUGCAGGUCUAACUCCACUAGGGCAAGUCCACCUAAGAAUCAACAGUAGGCCUCUCCCCCAGAAGACAAGCACAAAACCUUUGCACACACCAAGUUUACUGAUCAAGGAAUGCUGCAAAGCUUCAGCUCUAGGGAAAACAGGAUUGAGCCCUCCUUUUCUUUUUUUUUUUUAUACAGAAAACACAAUUUUUAAUUUUAUUUAUUAUUAUUUAUUUUUAAUCUUUUAACAUUCAAAUUUUUUUUAAUUGAUCAAGCUUCUGUUAAUAAACAGACGAAAACACAUCUAGGAUCUAGCUUCCUUUUUUUUUAAUUAUUAUCUAUUUUUUUUAAUUUUUAUUUUCUUUGACAUCAAAAAUGACAAGACAGAGGAAUUCACCCAAAAAGAAAGAACAGCAAGAAGUGAUGGCCAGAUAUUUAAUUGAUAUAGAUAUAAAUAGGGCGUCUGAGCUAAAAUUGAUAACAAUAAUUAUUUUUAUAAUUAUUGGCUGGACUUGAAAAAUAAGAGACUAGAGAAUCCUUUAUUGCCGAGAUAAAAGAAC